AUGUCCAGCGAGAAAACCCUCAACCAGCUGGUCAAGGGUGCGCCCACCGCCGACGUCAAACCACCUCCGACGCACCCUCUCCCACACCUCGACUCAACCGCCGACCCGACUCUCGCAACACUCCCUUCGUCCCCUCCGCAAAUCUACCUCAACCUACUGAUCCUCGAGACGUCGCUCCGCGCACAAUACCUGCACCUGGUAUCGCGACGACGUCUCAACACAUUCUUUCUACUGCUGCUCGCCCUCUGGAACAUCGGCUUCACCUACGCGCUCUUCCUGCGCCCCCGCGAAGAUGGUACCGGCCUCGGCGGUUCGGUCUACUGGAUGGUCGAAACCACGCAAAAGCUGGCGCUCAUCACCGGCGUCGUCACGGUGCUCCUCGUCUACGCCACAGGGCAAUGGGACCGCGGCAUCCGCUGGCCGCGCAAAUGGCUCGGCACCACCAACCGAGGCCUGCGAGGCUUCAACCUCCGCGUGGUCAUCAUCCGCGACCGAUUCUGGCGCGAAAUGCUAGGCCAUAUGUCCUUCCUCAUGCCUUACGGCCUGUGGCGCGGCGAAUCCGGCGGAAGCGGGGACUGGCACCUCGUCGAGCACGAGGACGGGACGACGGCGGAAGAAGACCUCGCGCCCGGCGGAGACGGGAUCAUGCUACUCCUCCUCCCCAAGAGCUUCAGCCCCGAGUUCCGCGAGAACUGGGAAUCAUACCGCACCGAGUACUGGGAAAAGGAGAACGAGCGCCGGGUGCACUUGCGCAAGAAACUCAACCUGCAGCGCCGCGUGCGGGCAAAGGACGAAGGGGGCUGGAAAUGGUGGACGGGCGCGUGGCGUUUGGCGUCGGCACCACAUAGACAUCAUGCCCGAAACCAUCAUGACCUCGAAAAGCAUCCUCACGCAGGCCAUCCCACGGCUCGACAUGGUUCCGUCACAGCCUCGAUAGGAGGUGGUACAGGAACAGGACCAGGACGUCGUCGCCCAGGAAAUGCUCUCGACUCGGAUUCAUACUCGGGGGCGGCGUCGCGAGGAACCCGGUCUCGCCAAUCGUCCAGAUCCUCAACUCCGCAUCUCGACUUUUCAGAGUCCACCGUCGGCGCCGGUGGCGGCCCAUUACUCUCGGAACGUGUCCGAAGGGGAAGCAGCGUUAGCAGCACGGCCAGCGCCCGGCGCAAACAACAGCAGCAACAACACCGCUCAGGCAGCACCACCACGGGAACAGGUGCAGGCGCAGGAGGAACAGAGAGACGGGACAGCGCCGGUCUGAGUCCUUUGACUUCACAUAGUGCGCUCGCCAUGGCCACCACCGCCGCAGCUAGUACUGCUCCAGUAGAACACGACGAACGAGAAGAGCGUCGACGAAGGCGAAGGGAGCGAGAAGCAGCUAGAGAGAGGAAAGCGGCCAGAGAAAGGGGGGAGGAAGAGCAACAAGAGCAACACGAUGCGAACAACAGCGCCGCGAGCAGUCCUCCAACGACACCGAGGAUAGGCACGUUUAAUCACCCCGGCACAAGCACAAGCACAAGCACAAGCACAAGCACAAGCGUCAUCAACAACUCCUCUACGAGUAAGGUCAAGUCGGAACAUGGACUGGGGUUGGUUCCGGCUUAG